UGCAAUUUUGGUGAUCUCUUGAGGAUAUUGAAUGUUGAAAAGAAUUGCAACAUAGUUGCGAAGAUCUGGUGGAAAGGACAAUCUGUAGGAGGGAAUUGUUACUAUUUGUUAGAUACAGGUGCUUCUAAGUUUGUAAUUCUUAUGGAAAUGGCAGAAUUCGGGUCUGCAUGAUUCCAGGGCUAAUGUGAUGGGAGUCGUGUAACUAGGGUAGCUCGGGCCUAGUAAAUUAGUGCUGCCGAUUCUUCUUCUACAAUGCAUACCCUGGAGCAUGUGUCAGGAAGAGAAAGCUCAUUAAAAAGGCGGGGUCGUUCUGGGGAGGAAUAAGGCUGAUGCGACGGCAAUUGGGGCGGAGACGAUGGAGGAGAUUGACUUAGAAAUGGGACCAGGGUACGAUGAUGGGACGCACUUCGACUCUGGGGCAGCCCAAAACCUCGCAAUCAUCGGCGUGAAUGAUCAUGGAUUGAAACCAGCGCCUCGGAAGAAAAAGAAAGUAGUGAAGAGGUGGCGCGACGAGUGGGCGGAGACGUACAAAUGGGCCUACGUUGCUGUUCAUGAGGGCUCCCAUCGCAUAUUUUGCUCUGUAUGCAAGGAAUAUGGAAGGAAGCACCGACGCAAUCCUUACGGCAAUGAAGGCAGCCGUAACAUGCAGAUGAGUGCACUCGAGGAGCACAAUAACAGUCUGUUGCACAAGGAAGCUCUCCGCCUUCAGAUGGCUUCCCGCGACAGAGGAAUGGGAAUCGUUGAGCGGCCUCUCUACGUAAAGGAUGUGUCGAGGCAAUGUACAAACGAAGGCUACUUUCAACAUACUGUAUCUUCGUUAUCUAUUUUAGCAGCUAUCUUGCGGCGGGAUCCGCAUGAAGUGGAAUUCAUACAAUCAAUUCAAGAAGUUGUGCAUUCAUUGGAACCUGUUCUUGCAAAAGUUCCGCAGUAUGUACAUGUGUUCGAGCGACUUGUGGAGCCUGAGAGAGUAACUAUUUUUAAAGUUCCUUGGGUAGACGACAAGGGAGAGGCACAUGUGAAUCGUGGUUUCAGAGUUCAGUUCAACCAAGCGCUUGGUCCUUAUAAAGGCGGUCUACGCUUUCAUCCAACUGUCAACCUCAGCGUUGUGAAGUUCCUUGCUUUUGAACAGACAUUGAGGAAUUCACUAUCAUCACUUAGCUUGGGUGGUGGUCAGGGCGGCAGCGAUUUCAAUCCUAAGGGAAAAAGUGAGAAUGAGAUCAUGCGGUUCUGCUAUAGUUUCAUGGAAGAACUGUAUAGACACAUUGGACCUAACCAGGUUCCCAUUUUUGAUACUCCAUCUGGAGAUAUUGGUGUCGGACAACGUGAGAUUGGUUACCUAUUUGGCCAGUAUAGGCGUCUAACAAGCCAAUAUGAGGGCAUUUUAGGUCCUAAAGGGAUUCAAUGGGGUGCGUCAAAUCUACAUUCAGAGGCUACUGGUUAUGGCGUGGUGUACUACGCCAAGGAGGUGCUUGCCAGUUUAGAGAAAGAUCUUAAAGGUCUCAGGUGUGUUGUGAGUGGCGCAGGAAAAGUGGCAUUAUAUGCAGUUGAGAAACUGAUUGCCUUCGGUGCUAUUCCUGUUACAGUCUCAGAUACAAGCGGUUACAUCUUAGAUGAAGGUGGCUUUGAUCGUGUCAAGCUUGGGUUUAUUCGUGAAAUAAAAGCUCAUAAUAAGUGCCUGAGGGAUUAUACCAAGAAUUACUCAAGUGCAAAGUAUUUUGAGGACAUGAAGCCCUGGACAGUGAAGUGUGAUGUUGCUUUUCCUUGUGCAACACAGAACGAGCUCAAUCAUGUUGAUGCUCUGUCUCUCAUUAAUGUUGGUUGUCAAGUCAUUAUAGAAGGGGCCAACAUGCCAUGUACCGCUGAAGCGAUUGAUGUAUUUCGGAAGUCAAAAGUAUGGUUUGGGCCUGGAAAGGCUGCAAAUGCUGGAGGGGUAACUAUUCAAGGUCUGGAAAUGUCGCAAAACAAUUCCUGUGCUCAAUGGACAGCUGAAGAAGUUGAUACGAGAUUGGAAGAGGUUAUGAAAGAUAUAUAUCAAAAGUCUGUGAAGGCGGCCCAAGAUUAUGGAAUUGGCAAUCCAGAGGCUCUACUUGAUGGCGCCAAUAUUGCGAGUUUUCUACGAGUUGCUCAAGCAAUGUUGGAACAGGGUUGUGUUUGAAGCUGUGCAUAUUUGCGUACUUAUGUCCACACCCCGCCCCUGGCCUUUGGCUGUUCUCUCAUCCUCAACUCUCAAUAAUUAGUGAUGACGCAGUUGCUACAUCAGCAGGUGUCUUCAAUGUUCAAACAAGCUUUAACAUCUAUGUGUUGUGCUCUGAGUGAAGCCGGGUUUUACAAGCUGGGUUAUGCAAAGAGAAAGAUGGGUGAAGAGGGAUGUGGUUAGUGUAAUGAAGAGAAGCGUUGCUUCCGGAGCAUGCAACCCUGAUAGAAAAUGAUCAUGUGCAUUAUGUUAGGCUAGGAGGAUAUAGUUUCUGGGUUCAAAUUAUGAACUGCACUCCAUCUUAAUGUGAAUCUACUUCAGGCAGUCCCCAGGAUAGUUUUACACAGGUAACCCCUACAGGACAAAAGUGGCCCUGAGCACAACUCAGAUGUGCUGUACUAUGUGUCCUACAAAUCUAUUGCAAUUAAUCUUGAAAGAGUAGAUUUGAAGUACAA